AUGACAGCUCUCCCCAGUGUUGGAAAGGCCGGCGACCCCAGAAGGGCUAUGGCAAACACGGACGGACGCGGCGUGUCGGCCGUCCACGCCGAUCCCGCGAUGCUCGAGAGCCUGAUCAUCCACCGGAACCGCGCGCUGCAGCACGGCCGCAUGCCGCCCGUCCUGCGGGACGCGCGUGCGUGCGGCGGCUGCUUCGAGAGAGCGCACUGCGCCCUCGCCCACGCGGCGCUCGAGGGCGGCGACGCGGCCAGCUUCGGCGUCGAGGCCCUCUUCCUCGAGGCUGCGGGCAACUGCGCCUAG